AUGAGUUGUCAAUAUUUGCAAAAAUGCCUCAUGGCGUAUGAACUUGAGAACCUGAGACCUUGCACCUUGGCCCAUGGGCGGAGGCUGAUGUGCCCAGCGCCCCGCAUGCUCGAGUGCAGCUACAACGUGGACCCGUCGCGUGCGCUGACACGUGAUCGAUCCUCCUGGAUCGGAAUCAGUUCGCGUGGCCGACCGUGCGGUGGAUCAGACGAGGUGUAUGAAGUGGUGGUGGGAAUCUGUGCCAUGGAGAAGAAGUCCCUCAGCCGUCCCAUGACUGAGAUCCUCAAUCGUCUUCGGGCCUUUGAAUACAUCCAUCCUGUUGUCUUCCCUCAAGAAGAUAUUCUCACUGACAGGCGAAAAGUUUACUCAAUCCUCCAAAGGGCUGGGAUUGAACUACCCCGCUUUGCUGUUCUCAAUCGAGACAACCCAAAUGAGGAAUCACGACUCAUGGAGUCUGAUGACUCCAUUGAAAUCAAUGGGGUUGUUUUCAACAAACCAUUUGUCGAGAAACCAGUGUCAGCUGAAGACCAUAAUGUCUACAUCUAUUACCCAUCCUCUGCUGGUGGGGGAUCCCAGCGGCUCUUCCGAAAGGUCUUUGAAACAGUUCAUCAGGGGCAAAAUGAUCCUCAUGUGAUCUUCAAGAUCUUCAUCAACAUUGGUGGGCUUAGCACAUCAUCAUUAUCCUCAGGGAGUGUUGAAAUUGAGCUCAUCCACGAUGAAGGGAGUGGGAGAGGAUCACGUUGGCCACCUGGAUGUCAUGGGAUAGGGAGUCGGAGCAGUGUAUACAGUCCUGAAAGUCGAGUAAGGAAAGUGGGUUCCUUCAUGUAUGAAGACUUCAUGCCUACUGAUGGCACUGAUGUCAAGGUGUACACAGUGGGUCCAGACUAUGCCCAUGCAGAAGCAAGAAAGAGCCCUGCCCUGGAUGGAAAGGUGGAACGGGACUUGGAUGGGAAGGAGGUGCGAUACCCUGUCAUCCUGUCCAAUGCUGAGAAGUUGAUUGCACGCAAAGUCUGCCUUGCAUUCAAGCAACUUGUCUGUGGCUUUGACCUCCUCAGGGCAAAUGGGAAGUCAUUCGUGUGUGAUGUGAAUGGCUUCAGCUUUGUGAAAAACAGUUCGAAGUACUAUGAUGACUGUGCCCAAAUUCUGGGGAACAUGAUACUGCGGGAGUUGAGUCCAACUCUUCAUAUCCCGUGGUCCAUGCCCUUCCAACUGGAUGACCCACCAUUUGUUCCCACAUCAUUUGGGAAAAUGAUGGAGCUUCGAUGUGUAUGUGCUGUCAUCCGUCAUGGGGAUCGCACUCCAAAGCAGAAGAUGAAGAUGGAGGUCCGCCACCCACGCUUCUUUGAGACGUUUGGCCGACAUGGAGGUUGGAGCCUUGGCCAUAUCAAGUUGAAACAUCCAAAGCAACUACAGGAGAUCCUCGACAUCGCUCGUGAUCUUCUUAAUGACCCUGAAUGCAUAGAUGGCUUUAGCACCCAUCGCGAUGGUCACGUCUUCCACCCCAAUCACGAACAAGAGAUGAUGGAAGCCAGAAAGAGGUCCAUGCUCCGAUUGAGGCAAGAAACAACGGAGGUGGAAUCUACGUGGAGGAGUCCACAGCUCGAACAGUUACGGGCUGUGCUGGAAAUGUAUGGCCACUUCUCAGGGAUCAACCGAAAAGUACAGCUGAAGUAUCGACCUGGGGGCCUGGCUCAAGACUCUGGAAGUGAGGAUAUGUACCAAGAAAACAUGGAGCCCUGCUUAAUCCUCAUCCUCAAGUGGGGUGGGGAACUCACCCCUGCUGGCCGUGUCCAGGCAGAGGAAUUGGGCAGGGUCUUCCGUUGCAUGUAUCCUGGAGGACAUGGCCAGUAUUCAGCUCAAGGCCUUGGUCUCCUGAGGCUCCAUUCAACAUUUCGCCAUGAUUUGAAGAUAUAUGCAUCAGAUGAGGGGCGGGUUCAGAUGACAGCAGCUGCGUUUGCAAAGGGCCUUCUUGCCUUAGAGGGAGAACUUACCCCAAUCUUGGUCCAGAUGGUCAAGUCUGCCCACACCAAUGGCCUCCUUGACAAUGACAGUGAGGAGUCCUCCAAGUGCCAGACCCUAGCAAAGGUACGACUGCAUGAGAUGCUGCAGCAGGACCGGGUUUUGACACCAGAGGACAGGGCCCGCCUGAACCCAACAAAUGAGCUUAGCAUAUGCUCUGCCCUCGAUCUCAUUGGGAACCCAGUGGAGGCAUGCCGAACUAUCCAUCGUCUUAUGCUGCAGCUUAUUGGCAUUGUGAACCAGAAGAUGCAUGACCCUCGCUUCAAAGAUGGUAGCCUAUACCAAGGGGAGACAUGGGAACUGAUGCAUAGUCGAUGGGGCAAGCUAGAAAGGGACUUCAUCCGCAGGGAUGGGAAGUUCCACAUCUCUAAGAUCCCUGACAUCUAUGACUGCAUCAAGUAUGACUAUCAGCACAACCAACAUGCACUCCAGUUUACUGAGUCCCAGACCCUCUAUGUUCUUGGCAAGGCCAUGGCUGACAUUGUCAUCCCACAGGAAUAUGGCUUGACAGCCCAGGAGAAGCUAACAAUUGGGCAGGGAAUCUGCACCCCUUUGUUGCGGAAGCUGAAGGCUGACUUACAGCGAGAUGCAGAGACAGCAGAUGAGGAUGAGAGUGUAAACAGACUACACCCACAUUACUCAACUGGGGUGAGCAGCCCUGGUCGCCAUGUCCGUACCCGUCUCUACUUCACCAGCGAGUCCCACAUCCACAGCCUUGUCUCCAUCCUCCGAUAUGGGGGACUAGUGGAUGAGGCAGAGGACCCCCAAUGGAAGCGAGCUAUGGAAUAUGUGAGUGCUGUGUCUGAACAUUCCUACCUCACUCAGCUGGUCAUCAUGUCAUAUGAAGACACCACCAAGGACCCUACCUCUAAUGACAGAUUCCAUGUGGAGAUCCACUUCAGUCCUGGUGUUAAUUGCUGUGUGGACAAGGAUCUUCCACCAGGACCUGGAUUCCACACCCAUUCCCGGGAUUCCAAAUCCUCCUUGGACAGCAGUGGAGAGCGAUCCCCCAGGGAAGACCAGGACAACUUGGAUUGCUCUUCAAACCAACCACUCAAGAACCCCUCUGUGGAUGCGGAGAUCAGGGAAGCAUGUGCCCAGCUUCUGGCAAAGGGCAUUCCUAUCAAGGACAGUCAUGAGCUGAUGAAUCAUCAAACCAUUCCUGAAGGAAAGUGCUCUGAAGAGCCUCCGAAUCAAGUACUCCCUGAACGAAGAGGUUCAGAAGCAUCUUCCAUGAGAAGGGAUACUGAGGGGAGGAAGACAAGUGAACGACGACCAGGUGUCCCGUAUCGCCACAGCUUGUCUGCCAUUGUGCACAGGUCAUCAGAUUACAAGGUCCUCAUGAGGGCAUACCCUGAGAAAAGCACGGGAGGGGAUCGACGGUUGCUGCGCCACUCUGUUGGAAGCCCACAGGCCCAGUGCCCUUACCCGUUCAGCACAGCCGUCAUCUCGGGCUUCUCUCCCCCUUCUCUCCUCCCUGAAUCCUCCCACUGCGCCCCCCUUGAUUCCCGUCCUAUUGCCGUGGUGGGUCCAUGUGGGGGAGUUCCUGAAAUUCGCCCAUUGGAGACAUUGCACAAUGCACUGUCGUUGAAAGAACUGGAUGAGUUUUUGGAGCGUCUCAGUGGCCGCUCCCGUUCCAAUAGCAUCCAUGGCUUCAACAGCCCCAUAGCAGCAUCUGACGGUGGUGCUGAGCUGAUCUGGCGUAUUGUGAAGGAUGAUUGCAAAAGUGAAGAAGAGCAGAAGAAGUUCAGGCCACACCUUGUUAGUGGGGACUUUGAUUCAGCAUCAGCAGAUCUCCUGGCAGAAUUAUCCUCUUUGGGCACAAAUGUUGUCCACACUCCUGACCAAGACUACACUGACUACCACAAGUGCCUUGCACACAUUGUCUCCUCUGAGCUACAUCAGGAUUAUGAAGACUUUGAUGAUACAAGAAUGCAAAAUGCAGGUGAUCUCUUCAUCAUUCCUCAGCUGCAAGUAAUGUUCGUGGUUGGAUCAACAAGUGCAGGGCGACUUGAUCAUGUAUAUGCACAUGCACAGACAUUGUAUGCAGCUAUGACAUCCCUGAUGCCCCAGCUGCCUGUCUGCAUGGUCUAUGAGGACAGCCUGGCCCAGCUGCUUGCCCCAGGAGAUCAUACCCUCUGCAUCCCCAAGGCAGCAAGAGGCAACUGGUGUGCCCUCAUCCCUGUGGGACAUCCCAUCCCCUCAGUCACAACCCAAGGACUCAAAUGGAACCUGGAAGGACAGGAGCUGGCAUUUGGAAACCUGGUGAGCACAUCAAAUGCAUUCAGGGAUGAUACAGACACAGUGGAGAUCUCUACAAGUGCCCCACUGCUCUGGAUUGCCUCCCUCCCACCUGACCUUGUUCCCCACCUCUUUUGAUGACUUUUGGCAUCAAGAAUCCUUCAUCUAUUGGGAUCGAGAAGGCAGCUCUUCGUAUCCUUGGGAUCUAAAGAGAUGCUGGUGAUAUCUGUUAACAUCCAGUGGGGUUCUUUAGGUCUUUUGGAUCUAUAGUCAGUUUUUGUUUCAGGGAUGCUGUUUUGGUUCAUUCCAUUAUUCAAAUGGUUCUUCUAGUCAAAUAGUUGCAAUGAGAGUGUUUCUGUAUAUUUAUGGCAGCAAUGACCAUGUUAAAAGGAGUGCCCUUGGCUGGACGUUCUCAUAUUCAGGGAGAAAGAAAUAUGAUAUUCAUAUUGAAAAAUGCAGCACAAAAAUGCACUCGAAUAAAAUUUCAAUGUACCCUUUCACCACAGUGAAAGUGAAAUUAGUUUAAUCCACAGUGGUCCUUGACUGUAGUCCACUUGUGGCUCUUUGAAAGAAAAUGGCAUAAAAUAGUCUUUAAAAAGCUGCUCACAAGAGAAAAAAUGUUUAGAACUCGCAUCAUUGUGCAGACCAUCAGUGAGCCAUAGGAUGUUUGCAAAUAGCAUCUAAUGACUAUUGGAAAAUUCUCAUAUUUGUGCCAAAAUAGGACAUCUUCACCAAAGCAAUCAUUUAUAGAACUUUUUUUCAUGUUCUACCUUCCAUCUCAUACACAGCUCUGUCAAAUUUUGUCUUUCUUAUGCCCAGUCAUCCAUUUGUCAUCUGCAAGGAGGCAAUAAAUGUUCAAAUAUCAUGCAC